GUGAUGACGCCCCCAGGUGAGCCGCCGCAGAAGUUCCCCAGUUGUUGUCGAUUUCCUCACUCGGCUGUCAGGCAUCUUUUUUUUUCUGGAAUGGGGCAGGGCUGUUUCAGUGAUUUGUCUGCUAAAGCAGUGGGACUGAGUACAGAAGAAAACCCGGAAAAUUAAAAUAAAACAGUCUGGCUUUGUGUGUGUUCGCUCGGGACUUUGAGUGACAGCUGGAGCAGGAGCAGGAGGAGCGGAGAGGAGCGGAGGAGAGGCGACGCGGCGUGAUGGCGGCUCUCGGGAACCCCGGCAGCGCCUCCGGCCCCAUGCUCAUGCUGGCCGCCAAAACCAAGACCAAAAAGAAAAACUUCGUCCAGCAGAAGGUGAAGGUGUUCCGAGCCAGCGACCCGGUGCUCAGCGUCUUUAUGUGGGGAGUAAAUCAUUCGAUAAAUGAUCUAAACCAGGUUCCCGUCCCAGUUAUGCUUCUCCCUGAUGACUUUAAAGCCAACACCAAAAUCAAAGUCCAGAACCAUCUUUUCAACAAAGAGAACCUCCCGGGACAUUUUAAAUUUAAAGAGUACUGCCCCCAGGUGUUCAGGAACCUUCGAGAGCGAUUCGGAAUCGAGGAUCUGGACUACCAGGCCUCUCUGACCCGCAGUCCACCGGUGAAGGGUGAGGGACAAGGCGAAGGUCUCCUCUUCAUCUCAUACGACCGCACUCUGGUGGUGAAGCAGAUCUCCAGUGAGGACGUGGCCGACAUGCACAGCAUCCUGUCUGAAUAUCACCAGCACAUAGUGAAGUGUCAUGGCAGCACGCUCCUCCCUCAGUUCCUCAGCAUGUACCGCGUGAGCGUGGAGAGCGAGGACACCUACCUCAUCGUCAUGAGGAACAUGUUCAGCCACCGACUCACCGUGCACAGAAAAUACGAUCUGAAGGGUUCCUUGGUGUCUCGAGAGGCCAGUGAUAAAGAGAAGGUCAAAGAGUUACCAACCUUCAAGGACGUAGAUUUCAGGAACAACAUGCAAAAGGUAUACGUGACAGAGGAGCAGAAAGAGAAGAUCCUGGAGAAGCUCAACAGAGAUGUUGAGUUCCUGGUGAAGCUGAAGAUAAUGGACUACAGCCUGCUGCUGGGGAUCCAUGACGUGGCGCGGGCCGAGCGUGAGGAAGAGGAAGCAGAGGAGCCGAGCUGCGAGGAUGAAGGGGAGGCGGAGAACGGCGUCAACCCCACACCGCACGUCGGCUCCUACGGCACAUCACCCGAAGGGAUCGCCGGCUACAUGAACUCUUUUAAACCCAUGGGCCCUGGAGAGUUUGACCCCUACUUGGACGUUUACGCCGUCAAAAGCGCCCCAGGCGCGCCGCAGAGGGAGGUGUACUUCAUGGGUCUUAUAGACGUGUUGACGCAGUACGAUACCAAGAAGAAAGCUGCGCAUGCAGCUAAGACAGUUAAGCACGGGGCUGGUGCAGAAAUAUCCACAGUUCAUCCUGAGCAAUAUGCCAAACGAUUCCGCGACUUCAUCUCCACUAUUUUUGCAUAGUGCAUCUUCACAGUCUUAAUCUCAGUUGUCUUUCCAUGUUGUUCGGUUCGGGUAUUUCUGAUUGUUUUGUAUAUAUUUUACAAAAACUACCAUGAUCACAUAAGCACAUGUAUGCUAUGUAAGCAAGAAUGAACGUAAAGCUUCUGAUUAAUGUUAACAAAAUCAUGUGCAUAUUUAUUUAUGUGAGACGAGCCUGAAACCCAUUCUCUAAUAUCACGUAUCUUUCAUCUACAUUAAUGGAGUAUACUUUUCUCUGAUAAAUGUGAACCUGUAGCAGUACCAUACACUAAAAUGUCCUCCCAGGUGAGCGAGCUCUUCUUCUCUUUGUAUCUCUCUCUUCCUCUCUUUCAGAACGGAGGAAAGAGAGCUGCCUUGUUGUUCUCGGCGUAACGCGACCUGCUGUUCUCUGUAGCACACCGCCUUUAGCAGCUUUGCUUUCUUUAAGCUGCACUAGAGAGUGAUUGUUAAUAAAUGUAAUUUGUUAGCAUUUAUACCUAAUGGCUAGAGAAAAGCAAUAUUUUGAAUGUUGAAUAUUUGUAUAAAUGCCUAGAAUAUAUAGUUCCAAAUGUUUUCUAGCUAUUUUAUGCAGUUUAGAUGAGAAUUUUUUUUUUUUUUGCAGCUUAGAGAACAGAACUAGGAUCGCAUGCCUUGUUGUUUCAUUUUAUUUAUAUUGCAAUUCAGUGUUUGGACCAAAUAUAUUUUUUCGACAAUUUUCAGAAA